AUGGUUUCAGCCAAGAAGCACAUUCCUAUAGUCAAAAAGCGCACCAAGCGUUUCCAUCGACAUCAGUCGGAUACGUACAAAUGUGUCGAUCCAAGCUGGAGAAAACCCAAGGGAAUUGAUAACCGAGUUCGUCGUCGGUUUGCCGGUCAAAUUGCUAUGCCAUCAAUUGGAUAUGGAUCCAAUAAGAAAACAAGACAUAUGAUGCCUUCCGGUCACAAAGCUUUUCUUGUUCACAACACUCGAGAUAUCGACUUGUUAUUGAUGCACAACAAGACAUUUGCCGCCGAAAUUUCCCAUUCAGUAUCGUCGAGAAAGAGAAUAGCAAUCAUUCAGCGUGCUAAGGAGCUCAGUGUUAAAGUUACCAACUCUAAAGCGCGCAUCACCACUGAAGUAUAG